AUGACUGUUCGCGAGUGGUUCGCGGGCCAGGAGAUCCUCUUGACAGGAGUGACAAGUGAUAUAGGAAACGCGGUGCUUGAAAAGCUGCUGAGAUCUUGUCCGGGUGUCAAAACCAUCCACGUGGUUCUAAGGUCGAAAAAUCUUCGGACUAACAAGGACCGGAUAAAAGAUUUGCUCUCCUCACGCGGGUUUGAAAGAGUGAAACAAGAAUGUCCGGAAGCGAUGUCACGACUUCAAAUCUUCGAAGGAAACUUGAUGUACGAAAAUUUGGGCCUGACUGUGGAGCACGUGGCGCUCCUCCAGGGUUUGAACGUCGUGAUCCACGCGGGUGGUCCGCAUGACGAGCUUCUCGAGUUCUGCCGCAAUUUGCCCGCCCUGAGAUCGGCCGCCAUUGCAAUGAGCGUCUUCGGGAAGAAAGGUCGGAUCACCGAGUCAGUCCUGGAGUCAAAACUCCCGGGAAUCCCACUGGCCAUGGUUCGAUUGCCGGCCAUCGGACCGGCGGUGAAGGAACCGAUUCCUGGUUACACGAAUGUCCUGAAGGGGGCGACGGCGCUCAUGAUCGGCGCUGGAUACGCUCUUGGGAAUCCCGAUUCACCCGCAGCGAUACUUCCGGUCGACAUUGCCGCCAACGCCCUCAUCGCCUCGGCAUGGGACAAAGGGACGAGAAGCCACGAGCAAAUGGUGACUUUCUACAACCCUCCAGCCCUCGGUUGCACCUGGGAAAAGCUGAUCGAGAACGGUUACAGGGCGAGCAAGCAGUUCCCUUUUCCGUCCUUCGGUAUUCGAGGGAUGACGUCAAAACCGCGGGUGCAUUUCCUCGUCGUCCUCCUCCUCGAAUGGCUCCCCUCGUUCCUCUGCGACUCGUUUUUGUUUGCAAUCGGCGGUAAACCGAGAAUGGUUAGAGAAUAUCAGUACGUACGUUCAGUGCUGGAGACAAUGGAGCCAGUCCUGUCAAAGUCUUGGACUUGCGAUCAUAGAGCCAUCAAAGCUCUCAAGGAUCGAAUGACAGCGACAGAUCAAGAGGAUUUUUACGUCCAGACAGAAAUCGAUCUGGAAUCGUACGUCUUGUGCUCAGGCGCGAUGGCGAAGAAGCUCUGCAUGAACGAGGCUAACCUGAGAUUGAUAAGAAAUUUCAAGAUAAUCGCGAUGCUGGGAUUCCUUGCAGUGUUCUAUUUCCUACUGUUCCUCUGACAAUAAUUUGUCAAUGUUGAUGCCACGGUCAGAUGAAAGCUUCAAUUCAAAGCCAGUGGCUGCAUGACGUCACUUGAAACAGUCUUUGGCUCGUUUUUGAAAAAAGUUUU